AGUGGGGAGAAGUAUAGAGAGAAAAGAGGGGACAGUAAUGGCGAGGAUCGGCAAUGGUGGGGAGUUAGAGUGGUAUCCGGCUGGGGCUAGCCCCAGGUCUGUUGGUGGAGGAUGAGGAGAGAUGGGGAGACGGUGAAACGAGUGGAAUGGAAAGGCAGUCAGCGGGGUCGUCGAGUCGAAGAGACGAGUGAACAGACGAGGGAGCGAACAUCGCGGCAAAGCCAAGAGCGCUGUUUGCCCGGCGCUUUCCUCGGUCGAGGCACGGCACGCUCGUCUUCGUCGUCGUCAUCAUUGUUAUCGUCACGUGUCAUUAAAAAAAGUGUCAUUUUUCGUUUCUUUCGUAACAGAAAAGAACGUUUGCGAACUCAAGUGUCCUUUCUCAAGUAUUUAGGAAUCCUAUUAAAAAAUGAAAGGAUAGACGAAGUAUAUUCCUGUGUCUUUCUUUCUUUUUUGAAAUUUCUUUUUUUUUUUUUUUUUUUUUUUUUUUUUUUUUUUUUUAAUCAUCAUUCUACUAUCUUCCAAGUUUUUUCUUCUACUCUCAUUCCAAUCUCUUUCGCGUCCUUGUCCAAUUCAGGUAGUCUGAUAAUUUGUCUUCCUCCCAGUCACCUGCUCAUUCCAAUUUUCUACCAUCAGCACCACCUACGCGAGCCGUGCCCUCUUUAAUCGUGACAGUUCGAGCGAGGGACGGAUCAAGUCAUGUUUCUCGAAAGUUUUAAUUGAUCCUAAAGUGAUCUAGCAAGAAAUCAUCAUUAAAUCAUUAAAAGAAAGAAGUAUUGUAUUUGGAGCACAAGAUGACAAUACUUUGUGUCAAGAAGAACAAAGCUUGUUAUCAAAGAGUGUCGAAAGCAAGUAGGAGCAGAGAUUUAAAGUGAAAGUACAUGAAUUUGUAAAGUAUACUUGGACACUGGACAACGGUAUCAGGAUGAUGGAGUUUGAAGUGUCGUGAGAAGAAAGACCGACUGGGGUCUUCUUCGAAAGAAUCUUUUGAAAGAAAGAAUCUUUCGGGAAAGCAGGAAAGAAGAAAAGUAAAGACAAAAGAAAAGAAUUUGUCGUCUAUUCGGUCGAUAAAGCUCAUCGAGCCGGUCGGAGUCUAGACGGAUAUGGCUACUGUUGUUCCUUCCACCGGUGCUGUUGCUGCUGGUGCUGUUCCUCGGCUUUUCCAUCACCAUCGUCAUCGCAGCACACGUCGCCACCACUACCAGGUACUACGUCGUCAGCCGUGUAGUAGCGAGUCAGGCGAACAGGUGCUGCUACUGCUGCUGCUGCUGCUGCUCCUACCCUCCUCCUCCUCCUCCACCUCCUCCUCCUCCUCCUCCUCCUCCUCCUCCUCUAUCUCCUCCACCUCCUCUUCUACCUUCUGCGUCGUCGUUCAGGAUAGGAUUCGGCGAGACCUCUCGUGAUAGCGGACACACGAGUCUCGAGCUACGGAACGAUUUCUCUGUUGCUUGUUCUUCUCUUCGUCAAACGUAGUUGUCGAUCGAUUUGUCAGGCCACGCACAUUCCGCGCGCAUUCCCGCUAUUCUUAGUGGCGUAGGUGUCCAUUUCUCUUUCUCUUUCUUUCUCUUUCCCUUUCUCUUUUUUUUACACCCUUAUCCUCUUUGUCAUUCUCCUCGUUUUCAUCUUCUUGGUGUAUAUAUUAUAUAGUGUAGUGCGUGUGCAAGUGCGCCACGAGAAAGAGAUUGAGGAGGGUGAAGAAGUUGAAAACGAAGAAGUAGAAGAAGAAGGGGAAAAGAAUUAAAGGGAGAAAAAAGAAGAAGAAAAAAGAUAACAUACACAGGAGAAGGACCGUCGACGUCACUGCGCGCGUCUGGCCUUCUCGCCGGAGGAUGACGAGCAUGCGAAGGGUCGACUGUCCGCGACCGAUUUCACGGAUCUGUGGGACUCUUCUUUUGUUACUGAUACUACUCACCGAGGUCUCCUAUUCGGCCGAUCUAGCGAUCGAAAUUCCAGGUAAUUUGAGUCAAGGCGGUUCUUGGUACCGACUGGAUUACAGUCCUGCUGUUGGUUAUCCACAGCCAAACACUACUAUAGCCGCAACAGACAUCGGUGAUGUUAUCAAGUUCAGGGAUGGUCUUCCGGGUACAAAAUAUGAGUUUUGGCUAUACUACAGUAACGGCACUCUUCACGAUUGGCUCACGUGGGCUGCUUCGAUCACGACAGCACCGGAUCCACCCUCCAAUUUGACCGUAUCUGUUCGCAAUGGGAAAACCGCGAUCGUAUAUUGGUCGCCGCCAGCCCAGGGCAAUUAUUCUGGUUUCCGCCUGAGGGUACAAAGCUUCAGCGACACCGGAAAUCCAAGGACGAGUGUGAUACCCGCCGAUGCUGUGCCCUAUACACUUCGUGAUUUGACGCCCGGGGCGACAUACUCCCUUCAACUCUUCACGGUGCUGGACACCAAAGAGAGCGUGGCCUACACAAGCAGGAACUUUACAACCAAACCAAAUACGCCAGGGAAGUUCAUCGUGUGGUUUAGAAAUGAGACUACGUUAUUGGUACUCUGGCAGCCACCUUAUCCUGCUGGGAUUUAUACCCACUACAAAGUUAGCAUUGAUCCCAAGGAUGCGAUCGAAUCGGUCCUUUAUGUGGAGAAAGAAGGUGAACCACCUGGACCAGCUCAGGCUGCGUUCAAAGGACUCGUCCCUGGUCGAGCUUACAACAUUUCGGUACAAACAGUUUCUGAAGAUGAGACCUCGACUCCAACGACUGCUCAAUAUCGCACCGUACCAUUGCGACCUUUGAACGUAACUUUUGACAAAUCUUCUAUAACAUCUACUUCAUUUAGAGUGUUCUGGAAACCACCGAAUGGAACAUCCGAGUUCGACAAAUAUCAGAUAUCUCUCGGCGGUAAUCGAAGACUCGCACCUGUUACUAAAAACCGGGAUGAUGAGAGUAGAUUGGAAUUUAAGGAUUUGGAACCUGGAAAAACAUAUCAGGUUGUUGUAAAAACGGUCUCUGGCAAGGUCACCAGUUGGCCAGCUAGUGGUGACGUUACUCUCAAACCAUUACCGGUCCGAGAUCUUCGAGCAGACAUCGAUGAGAGAACAGGUAUGGUUGAAGUAUCGUGGAAUCCGGAAAAUAGUAGUACGCAAGAUAGUUAUAAGCUUCAGUAUCAUGAAGUGGAAACGACUAUCGGUGGUGAUAGCAACACUUUAACAACUGAUAAAACCAGAGUCACAUUGGAAGCUCUGCUGCCAGGUCGAAAUUAUUCCAUAAUAAUCCAAGCGAUCAGCAGUAAAGUUGAAUCAAAUGAGACAGUACUUUAUCAAGUAACACGUCCGUCUAGUCCGAUAAUCGAAGAUUUGAAAUCGAUCGAGAAAGGUUUGAAUAUAUCCUGGAAGAGUGACGUAAACUCCAGGCAAGAAAAGUUCGAGGUGACGCACAACAGAAACGAUACAGGCGAAAGUGCGACCACCUUGACCACAGAGUCGCACAUUGUUUUAGAAGAUCUUUAUCCUGGUGCGGGAUACGAGGUCAAGGUUUUCGCUAUUAGUCAUGGCCUUAGGAGCGAGCCGCAUGCACACUUUCAAGCAGUCCUGCCUCAUCCACCAAAGAAUUUGAGCAUUGAAAAAGUUACCAGUAACACUGUACUCGUCCAUUGGGAGGCACCAACGGAUUCAAUAUUUUCUGAAUAUUCUAUUAGAUAUCGUACGGAAGACGAACCAAGAUGGGUGAAGCUUCCAAGUGUUCGAGAAAUUGGCGAAGCGGAAGUCGCCGAUAUGACACCAGGAGAGAGAUACACGAUACAAGUGAAUACUGUAAGCUAUGGAGUAGAAAGUUUACAUCCCUUACAAGUAAAUCAUACGAUUCGACCAAAUCCAGUAUUAAACAUUCAUCCGAUCGUGGAUUCAACGAAUGUAACAUUAGAGUGGCCAAGACCCGAAGGUAGGAUUGAAACCUACGUGAUAAGAUGGUGGCCUGUCGAGAAUCCGCAAGAUAUAAGAGCAAAAAAUGUCACGGAAAGCCCUGAAAUUUCUGCUCUUAUCUUCGACGAGAACACCGUUCAUACAGAAAGAGUACUCGUUGGCGAUCUGAUGCCAGGGAUGCAGUAUUCCUUCAUCGUCUAUACCAUAUCUUAUGAUCUAGUCAGUGAAAUCACCAAUUUAACGACAAGAACAAUGCCGCUGAUCCAGUCCGAAGUCGUGGUGGUGGUAGAUCGCGAUCAACCGGGCUCUUUAACGCUAAGGUACACCCCAACACCGAUUCAAUCAUCGAAAUUCGAUCUUUAUCGCUUUCGGAUCAACGACGAGAACAAUACGACUAAGGAGCGUCGUGUAGAUGAUACUGACACGAAGGUCACCUUUACUGGCCUUACACCCGGUAGGCUUUACCAAGUGACCGUGUGGACUGUCAGUGACAACGUGGAAAGUCGACCAUUGAUUAGACAGGAUAGACUCUAUCCUGAACCGAUCACUACGAUAAAUGCGACCGACGUUAACGAUACCAGGAUUACGUUGACUUGGGACGUGCCACGAGGAGAAUAUGACACUUUCGAAGUGCAGUAUAUAAACACCGAAGGCAACUACAUCCAAAAUUUAACAUCUGUUAACACGAUAACCAUAUCCGACUUGAAGCCAUAUAGAAAUUACACGUUCACGUUGGUCGUUCGCUCAGGAACUGAAUCAUCCUAUUUGAGGGUGUCGAAUCCGCUUAGUGCCAGUUUCACCACGAGCGAAUCUUAUCCUGGUAGAGUGGACAAGUUCUAUCCAACGGAUAUACAACCUAGUGAGAUCAGCUUCGAAUGGUACUUGCCGAGUCAGGAGCAUAAUGGUAUCAUCAGAAAGUACAGCAUCACUUAUGGCUUGGAGGGCUCAACGCACACGCAGAUGCAAGACUUCAGGCCAAUUGAAUUUCGUGGUGUCAUAAAAUCCCUCAUACCUGGCAAGACAUACCUCUUUCGCAUUCAAGCCGAGACGAAGGUCGGUUACGGGCCUGAGGUAGUUUGGAAACAAAAGAUGCCAAUAAGGGCACCACCAAAACCGCCUACACAAGUUGUACCAACCGAGGUCUGUAGGAGCAGUACUACGAUACAAAUACGGUUUAGAAAGAAUUACUUCAGCGAACAAAAUGGUGCUGUAAUUUCGUAUACUAUCAUCGUUGCUGAAGAUGACAGCAAAAAUGCAUCUGGUCUUGAAAUGCCUAGCUGGAGAGACGUUCAAGCUUAUAGCAUUUGGCCUCCUUAUCAGGUCAUGGAGCCUUAUUAUCCUUUUAAAAAUGGAUCGGUAGAAGACUUUACGAUCGGGUCAGAAAAUUGUGACAACAAAAUUGGCUAUUGCAACGGACCCCUAAAAUCUGGUUCAACCUACAGAGUAAAAGUACGAGCUUUUACAGCUCCUGACAUGUUCACGGAUACCAGCUAUAGUUUUCCAAUUCAAACAGGAUUGCUGCUGGCAGAUAAGGAUAACACAGCUAUCAUAGUUGGAGUAACUGUCCCGAUUGUUCUUCUACUGUCUUUAUUGGGUAUCGGCUUGCUCGUGAGGAGAAGACGAAGCCAAGGAAGAAAGACUACUGAGACCAGAGCCACAGAUAAUUUAUCUUUACCAGAUAGUGUUAUAGAAACGAGUCGUCCCAUUAAAGUAGAAGAUUUUUCCGAACACUAUAGAAAUAUGUCGGCGGAUUCAGAUUUUCGCUUUUCGGAAGAAUUCGAGGAGCUUAAGCACGUUGGGAGGGAUCAACCUUGUACCGCUGCUGACUUACCAUGUAACAGACCAAAAAAUCGUUUUACGAAUAUAUUACCUUACGAUCACAGCAGAUUCAAAUUACAACCGGUAGACGAUGAAGAGGGCUCGGAUUAUAUAAACGCUAAUUAUGUCCCUGGUCAUAAUUCACCAAGAGAGUUUAUCGUAACGCAAGGUCCUUUACACUCGACGCGUGAUGAUUUCUGGAGAAUGGUGUGGGAGAGUAAUAGCAGAGCUAUCGUGAUGCUCACGCGAUGUAUCGAAAAGGGUAGGGAAAAGUGCGAUCAUUAUUGGCCCAUGGAUACUUUGCCGGUUUACUAUGGUGAUAUUUGUGUAACGAUAUUAAACGAGGCGCAUUAUCCAGAUUGGAGUAUCACGGAGUUCAUGUUGUGCAGGGGGGACGUGAAAAGGGUGAUACAACAUUUCCACUUCACAACAUGGCCAGAUUUUGGUGUUCCAAGUCCACCCCAAACAUUAGCAAGAUUUGUUCGAGCUUUCCGAGAACGAGUAAGACCAGAUCAACGACCAAUAGUCGUUCAUUGUAGCGCUGGUGUAGGACGUAGUGGUACAUUUAUCACGUUAGAUAGGAUACUUCAACAGAUCUUGGUGUCAAAAUACGUUGAUAUUUUUGGAAUUGUUUGGGCUAUGAGAAAGGAGAGAGUUUGGAUGGUACAGACUGAACAACAAUACAUUUGCAUACACCAGUGUCUUCUUGCUGUCUUAGAAGGACAAGACACUACAGGACCACCUCGUGAGAUUCAUGACAAUCAAGGGUUCGAAGGAAAGAAUCGAAGCUCGGUCGAAAACGCUAAGAGUCCUGCCGAGGAUGAAAAGGAGAGGUGACCUUCGAACUCCGAAUCCUGCGUCGAUGAUGACGAAGGAAUAGCCGAGUCGGGAAUGUGAUGAUCCGAUUACUGGUUAUUAAGGAUAUCGACUUGCGAGCAUGGACGUCCUAUUUCUAAAAUAUUUUAGUAUCUGACGUACGUCUGAUUCUUCAGGGUUUUCUGAAUCUCGCCAAAGGAAAGAUCAGAGAAAAGUCAGAGGAAUUUAGGGAAGACAUUUAGAAAAGAUAAAAGCAGAUAACAAAUAGAACAGAUUAUGAGAGUUUGAAAUGAGAAAGAGAAAGAGAGAUAGUACGAUCAAUUUUAUAAUCCCAUUUGGAAUCUUUCACGUUGUCGGAUGUUUAGUUACUCAUCGACGAUAAGUAUAAUCAGUUAGAGGACUUGUUUGACUUAAUAACGUUGUCCAUACUCAGUUUCAUCCGACCGAAAACUUCCAGUUUAAAGGGAGUUUGAUCUCAUCGAUUUACUCUUAUUGCAAACAAUUUUUGCUCUAAUGCUGUUAUUAAGACAGCCUUGUCAAUCUUGAAGACAAGAGGAAAAGAUUGAAUUUGAAGCUGUCAAGUGCAUUCAUCGAAUAACAAAGGAAUACAACGCUGUAUGAUCGUUGUUGCUUGAAAAAAGAAUAAAAGAGAGAGAGAGAGGGAGAGAGAGAGAGGGAGAGAGAGAGAGAGAGAGAGAGAGAGAGAGAGAGAGAGAAAGAGAAGUCGUAAUAUAUCGUAUACGCGUAGCUGCCAUUUUCUGUGCAUAGUAAUUAUCGUACGUGCUCGCGUUGAUCCCUUAGAUAGAUACAGAUUUGCAUAUCAUAAUGAAUUACCAAGUGAACAAAUUCAAUUGGGUUGUCACGAUCGAUUCGCUUUCGUUUUAAAUGCACGUAUGAACAUUUGGAAAUUUGAAAUUAAAUAUUGGACAAAACAUUUUGUCCAAUUGUUUAAAAAUUAAAUAAGAAUUUUUAUAAUUCGAGUAUUCUUCUUUAAUAUUACAAAUCUAUGAUGAAUUUAAUAACAAAACGUUCGAACGUGGAUUUGUGACGAGUGCGACGUCGAAUUUUGCUAUUUCAUCUAGCUGUUAUCAAAAAUGACAACCAUCCGUCCAAGAGCCGUUCUAGACGUGCCAAUUAAGUGUUAAAGAAUUAAUUAAAUGAAGAAAGAAGUAAAAGAUGUGGACGAAGCGGGAAAAAAUGUGAAGAUACUGUUUUUUGAAUCAUUACUCUCGAGUUAGGCCAAACAAGUGGGAACAAGAAACUCGCAUCUUCGUAGAAGCCAUAUCACUUUUUCAUGGAUAAAUCACUAACCGAUAACGUGUCUUUAUGGUUAUCGAACUAUUUCAGACGAAUAUCUUGUGAAAUAUUGCUUUCAGUAUUUAAGUUCGAUUUUUUAAUGCAAUUAAAGAAGGUACGAGAGAGUACUUAAUUUUUCGUAAAACGACGAAAGCGAGAGAGAGAGAGAGAGAGAGAGAGAGAGAGAGAGAGAGAGAGAGAGAGAGAGAGAGAGAGAGAGAGAAAG